UGCUUCUACAAACAUUUGUGAAAGAGUUGCCAUCUGUGUCUAUGCAUGAAAUUUCCUUGUUACUGAAUUUUCCAAGGUCAACUGUUAGUGAUAUUAUAACAAAGUGAAAGCAACUGGGGACAACAGCAACUCAGCCACGAAGUGGUAGGUCACAUAAAAUGACAUAGAUUGGUCAGUGCAUGCUGAAGCGCACAGUGCGCAGAUGUUGCCAACUGUCUGCAGAGUCAAUAGCUAAAAACCUGCAAACUUUGUGUGGACUUCAGAUUAGCACAACAAGUAGAGUUUCAUGGAAUGGGUUUCCAUGGCCAAGCAGCUGCAUUCAAGCCUUACAUCACCAAGUGCACUGCAAACCAUUGCAUGCAGUGGUGUAAAGCAUGCUGCCACUGGACUCUAG